AUGUCAGAAAUGAUAGAACGAUUUUGGAAGUUAGAUAACAUUGAGACUGCAGAAAGGGUUUUGACUUUAUCUGAGAAAUGGUGUGAAAAUCACUUUACAAAUCAUGUAAAGACAAAUCACGAUGGUCGUUUCAUUGUACGCUUACCCUUCCGCGAUGAUCCCACAACACUUGGUAGAUCGCGUGAGAUAGCAUUCAAUCGAUUUUGUUCUCUGGAAAGGAAGUUACAAAGGGACCCAAAUUUAUACAAGGAGUACAUAAAGUUCAUGGAUGACUACGAGUCAUUAGGUCACAUGGAAAAAGUUUGCCCGAAAGAUGUCAAAGGAGCACAAUAUUUCAUUCCUCAUCAUUGUGUCUUGAAACCUGACAGCACUAUAACCAAAUUGAGAGUUGUCUUUGAUGCAUCAGCAAAAACAUCAAGCGGUUUAGCACUAAACGAUAUUUUGCACAAAGGUCCAACAGUGCAAAGUGAUCUUUUUUCAAUACUGUUGCGUUUUAGAAUACACCGGUUUGUAUUUACGGCUGAUAUUGAGAAAAUGUACCGGCAAAUUCAAGUACAUGAUGAAGAUACAGCACAGCAGCUGAUAAUCUGGAGAAAAAGUGCUGAUGAUAGUAUACAAUAUUACCGACUGAAAACGGUUACAUAUGGAACGAAGUCAGCCCCUUAUCUUGCAACAAAAUGUCUUCAACACCUUGCGAAACAUAAUAUGACCAACUAUCCGCUUGGAGCACCUGCAUUACUUAAUGAUUUUUAUGUAGAUGACUGUUUAAGCGGAACUAACAGCAUCAUUACCGCCUUAGACACUCAACAACAACUUACGGAACUGCUCAGUAAAUCAGGAUUUAAACUGAGAAAAUGGUGCUCAAAUAAUACACGACUCCUACAAAACAUUCCGAUAGAAGACCAAGAAAUCAACCUUGAUUUAGAUGACUCAGCCAUAAAGCCAACAAAAACAUUAGGCAUUAUUUGGCUCCCGAAAUCAGUCGAAUUUUGCUGUAAGGCAGAGAUGUCAUCAGAACAACCUAUCACGAAGCGGAUUGUGGCAUCGGACUUAGCUCGAAUUUUUGAUCCUUUGGGAAUUUUUGGCCCCAUUACUGUAACAGCUAAAAUAUUCAUGCAGGAAUUGUGGCAACAAAACUAUUCCUGGGAUGCUGAACUGUUACCUCAGGCUCAGCUAGAAUGGAAGCGUUUUAGAAAUGACUUACAAACAUUAAAUACUGUGAAAGUACCCAGACAUAUUUUUAAUUCAACGGUUCCCUGUUCGAUUCAAUUACACGUGUUUACGGAUGCAUCAGAGAAGGCAUAUGGAGCAGCUAUGUACGUGCGAGCAAUAUAUAAUGAUAAGACAAUAACAUCGAGACUAUUGUGCGCCAAAUCUAGAAUAGCACCAUUAAAGAAACAGACACUUCCACGACUAGAACUCUGCGCAGCAUUGCUGGGAGUCGAAUUAGCAGAAAGAGUAAAACAAGAUUUAAAGUAUCAAAACGUGCCAACCUACUUUUGGUCCGAUUCCGAAAUUGUUUUGUCAUGGAUAAUAUCUUCAUCUGCCUCAUUGCACACAUUCGUAGCAAAUCGUAUUAGCAAAAUUCAAGAGAUGUCACAUGCUGAUCAAUGGCAUCAUGUGGCGUAA